AUGAGCGCUUUCUGGGGCCGCUACAAGGACGUCGAGCUCGCGCUGUCGCGGACCUACGUGACGCCGCUCGUCUGGUGGAUGAUCGCGAACCUGUCGUUCGUCGCGUGGCGCUACAGCCGCUACGAGGUCUUCGGCGCCUUCGCCCUGGCCUGGCGCGUGUGCCUCGCGCUCUUCCUCGCGCUCGCCUGGCACACGGAGCCCGACAUCGACACGUCGCUCCAGGACCGCGCGCUGAUGAAGAUCAAGGAGCUGCUCGGCGGCGCGGCGCCCGUCGGCGGCCAGAUCACGGUGGCCAUGCACGUCGACGAGCUGCCGACGGCCCAGGCCGUCCGCGACCUCUUCGAGCCCGUCGCGGCCAAGCACGAGCGCUUCCACAAGGUCCCGGACCACGUCGGCAAGUACAUGUGGGAGUGCACGUUCAAGAAGCCGUCCUACUCCUACCACGUCAAGGACCACGUCGCCGAGCGGACGUCGCCGCUCCCCAUCGACGAGGCCGUCCAGGCGCUCGCGAACGAGGAGCUGCCCGAGGGCCGGCCGCUCUGGCGCUUCGAGCUGCUCGAGGGCAGCGACGGCAAGGCCGUGGUCAUGCGCGUGAACCACGUCACGGGCGACGGCCUGCGGCUGCUGAAGAUCGGGAACAAGGUCCUCGAGUUCGAGGACGGCUCGCCGGCGACGAUCGCGGCGCUGGAGAAGAUGUCGAAGAACAAGGACAAGACCUGGGCCGACAAGCCGUCGAAGUUCUCCAUCUUGUGCGACGUGCUCACCGCGGCGACGAUGAGCCUCCUCCCGAACGAGACGUCCGACGCCUUCCACGCGCCGGGGACGAUCUUCGACGGCGCGGCGCCGCGGGCCCACGUGCUCCGCGCGACCGUGCCCCUCGCGGACGUCCUCGCGAUCCGGUCGCGGCUCGCCGCGGGCGCGACGCUCAACGACGUCAUCCUGACGGCCUUCUGCGGCGCCGCGCGGAAUUACGCCUCGACGGUCGGCCGGCCGGGCGCGGCAAACGCGCUCGUCCGCGCGCUCGUCGCCAUCUCCAUGCCCGACGACCGCGACCGCCUCGACUGGGAGACGUACAACGACUUCGUCAUGCCGUCGACGAAGCUGCCCGUCUUCGUCGAGGACCGGGGCCGGCGGCUCGCGGAGGUGCAGGCGAGCAUGCGGGCGCUGAAGAAGUCGCGCGCGGGCUUCAUCCAGGCCGUCAUCGUCGCCAUCUUCGAGAAGUUCGGCCUCGAGAAGCUCGCCGGCGGCGCGCAGCGCGACGUCUUCGCGAAGCACUCCCUCGUCUACUCGAACCUGCCCGGCUACGAGAAGCCCGUGUUCUUCGCCAAGUCGAAGAUCGCCAAGUUCGGCGUCUUCUUCCCGAACAUGAUCUCCCAGGUCGUCUUCUUCUCCUACGACGGGACCCUGUCCCUCUCCGUGUCCACGGACGCGACCUACGUGACGGAGCCCCACCUCCUCAACGAGCUCUUCGCCGCGGAGGUCGCCGCCUGGAAGACGGAGCUCGAGAAGCUCGACUAG